AUGGAGAAGAUGAAGAUAGAAGAGGUUCAGUCAACCACCAAGAAGCAGCGUGUUGCUACUCACACUCACAUCAAAGGCCUAGGUCUCGAGGCGAGUGGAAAAGCAUUGCCUUUUGCUGCUGGCUUCGUCGGCCAAGUUGAAGCCAGAGAAGCAUCCGGUCUCGUGGUUGACAUGAUUCGCCAGAAGAAGAUGGCCGGCCGGGCACUCCUUCUCGCUGGACCACCCGGAACCGGCAAGACUGCACUGGCACUUGGGAUAAGCCAAGAGCUUGGCACCAAGGUUCCAUUCUGUCCAAUGGUUGGCUCUGAAGUGUACUCCUCAGAAGUGAAGAAGACCGAGGUUCUCAUGGAAAAUUUUCGAAGGGCCAUUGGUCUGCGUAUAAAGGAAAACAAAGAAGUAUAUGAAGGAGAGGUAACCGAGCUCACUCCGGAAGAAACUGAGAGUGUAUCAGGUGGUUAUGGUAAAAGUAUUAGCCAUGUGAUCAUUGGAUUGAAGACAGUGAAAGGAACCAAGCAACUCAAGUUGGACCCCACCAUAUAUGAUGCCUUGAUUAAGGAAAAGGUAGCUGUUGGGGAUGUUAUAUACAUUGAGGCAAAUAGCGGCGCUGUAAAAAGGGUGGGUCGAAGUGAUGCUUUUGCUACGGAGUUUGACCUCGAAGCAGAAGAGUAUGUUCCACUUCCUAAGGGAGAGGUUCACAAAAAAAAGGAGAUUGUUCAGGAUGUAACCUUACAUGAUCUGGAUGCCGCCAAUGCACGACCUCAAGGGGGACAAGAUAUUCUCUCUCUUAUGGGUCAGAUGAUGAAACCCCGGAAAACAGAAAUCACUGACAAAUUGAGACAAGAAAUUAACAAGGUUGUCAACCGAUAUAUUGACGAAGGUGUGGCAGAGCUUGUCCCUGGAGUUCUAUUUAUUGAUGAGGUUCAUAUGUUAGACAUGGAGUGUUUUUCAUAUUUGAAUCGUGCUUUAGAGAGCUCUCUGUCUCCAAUAGUAAUCUUUGCUACUAAUAGAGGAAUAUGCAAUGUAAGAGGGACUGAUAUGACCAGUCCACACGGCAUACCUGUUGACCUGUUGGAUCGGUUGGUGAUCAUUCGAACACAAACUUAUGGUCCUGCUGAAAUGAUACAGAUUCUAGCCAUCCGGGCCCAAGUAGAGGAACUGGUGGUGGAUGAGGAAAGUUUAGCUUUCCUUGGGGAGAUUGGACAAAGGACGUCUUUAAGGCAUGCAGUUCAGCUGUUAUCACCUGCCAGCAUUGUUGCAAAAAUGAAUGGCCGAGACAACAUAUGCAAGGCGGAUCUUGAAGAAGUUUGUUCGCUAUAUUUGGAUGCCAAAUCAUCAGCCAGGUUACUUCAAGAGCAGCAAGAGAAAUACAUUUCAUAA